UGGCUCUUGUUCUUUUUUUGUUAGUUUCUGUCUUUCUACACACUGCGAAAUUCUCGUGUCUCCGUCAUUUCUUAAGCUUCUUGGCUUCAUUCGGCGAAAUUUGGCACCAUACUUUUCUCCUCCAAAUGCUCCAUUCCCUCUGUUUUUCUUAUAAUCUUCUUCUUCAUCUUGAUGUUUAUUUGAGUCUGAUUCACUGAUUCAUAUAGCCUUCCUCCAUCACUUCCCUUUCGAUUUUGUGGUGGGUUUUGAGCAAAAUGCCUCCCUUGUUUUUCCCUCUUCGGUGGGAGAGCACAGGGGAGCAAUGGUGGUACGCUACGCCGAUUGACUGGGCGGCGGCCAAUGGGUUCUACGAUGUGGUCAGAGAGCUUCUUCAUUUAGACACCAAUCUCCUCAUCAAACUCACAUCUCUCCGCCGAAUCCGCCGCCUUGAAACUGUGUGGGAUGACCAAGCUCAGUUUGAAGAUGUGGCAAAAUGCCGGUCUUAUGUAGCUAAAAAACUCCUCCUCGAAGGGGAACUGAAAGGGGGCAAAAGUUCUCUCAUUCGUGCUGGCUAUGGCGGCUGGCUUUUGUACACAGCUGCCUCAGCUGGGGAUUUAGAUUUUGUAAUGGAACUCCUUGAGAAAGACCCUCUCCUGGUUUUUGGAGAAGGAGAGUACGGCAUUACUGACAUUUUCUAUGCUGCAGCCAGGAGUAAGAACUGUGAGGUUUUCAGGCUUUUGCUGGAGUUUGCUCUUUCUCUAAGGUGUUGGCCAAGCAGUGAAGAUGGGACGAUGGAGGAGGCAUUGGAUAAAUGUGAGAUGGAAAUGUCUUUGGCUUUCAGAUGGGAAAUGAUCAACAGGGCUAUUCACUGUGCUGCUAGAGGAGGCAAUUUGGUGAUGAUGAGAGAGCUAAUUGGGCACUGUCCUGAUGUUCUGAUUUACAGGGAUUCUCAGGGAUCCACCAUUCUCCAUACAGCUGCUGGAAGAGGACAGAUUGAGGUAGUGAAGAAUCUUGUAGCUUCCUUUGAUAUCAUCUCAAACACUGAUAGUCAAGGAAACACCUCAUUGCAUGUGGCUGCAUACAGGGGUCACUUAGCUGUGGUGGAGUUUCUGAUUCAUGAAUGCCCCUCCCUAACAUCUAUGUCAAACUACUAUGGGGACACUUUUCUUCAUCUGUCUGUGGCUGGUUUCAAAACCCCUGGCUUUAGAAGAUUAGACAGGCAGAUUGAGCUCAUGGAGCGUCUGAUACGCGACGAGUCGAUGAAUGUGCAAGAGAUUAUCAACAUCAGGAACAAUGAUGGAAAAACCGCGCUUCAUGUGGCGGUGACAGAGAAUAACCAGUGUGACCUGGUAGAGCUGCUUAUGUCUGUACCAUCAAUAGACUUGAACAUUACUGAUGAGGAUGGCUUGACCCCACUUGAACUCCUCAAACAACAGUCACCAUCACCUGCUUUAGAGAUUCUUAUUAAACGAUUCAUUUCGGCUGGAGGCGUCUCGAAUCGAAGUGAUUAUAUGGCAACAAAUGCUUUCUUUUCACAUUUGAAAAUGCAGGGCAUUGGAAGCAGUCCUGGAACUUCUUUCAGAAUUCCAGAUGCAGAGAUAUUCCUGUACACAGGUAUUGAAAAUGUGUCUGGUGUAACUCGUGAUCAAGUAGACAAGGACGUUGAUUUACGCUCGGACGACAAUGGCGAGUAUGAUUCAGUGGAUUCAUCAGACAAGAAGUCAAUCUCAGUAAAUCAUACAGUGAAACGCCUGAAGUUCUUCCUGCGCUGGCCUAAGAGUAAAGAGAAAAGGUCAACCAGAACAGACUGGAUAGAUGAUGAUUGUUCAGGGCUGUUUGAUAUAUCAAGAAAUUCACAACCUAAACCAGUUUCACUUAGACAUCAAUACAAGAACAUUUCAUGCCUUCCACACAACAGAACACUUCCAGUUCGAGUCAUGAACAUUCCUCCAAGCCCAUCAACCAAGAAAAGGUUUGCCGCUGGAUUGAUGCACGGCGUAAUCCAAGCAACGCCAAAUUUAGCAGUUCCAGCUAGGCAGCGUUCGAGUCCCUUUUCGUGUUCGCCCAUGUCUUCUCCAAUGUCAAGGGAGGAUUACCAAGAAACAACUGGCAUUGGUGGAGUAUCUUGCUCCAACAGGAAAGUGGCAAUCCCAAAAUUCAGACAAGAUUCCUUCAACAGAAAGAUGUUGAUGAACCAGUACUUCUGUUUCGGCGCACAAGGUCUCGCUGUCGAAGAACCAAUCAGCUGCAAGAGGGCAAGUCAGAAGAACAAGCAUUUUGGUUCCCUAGUAGCUUGAUGUUAAUGGACUGUACAUAGAACUUGCAUCAAUAAGCAAAACACAAGUGAGAGCUUUUGUAUUACUCAUUCAUUCAGCUAAACUUAACAGGUCUUUCAAGUGUAUUGCAUUUUUCCUUUGUUUCAUGGGGUUGAAUUAUAUGUUCUCUUUAUCCUUCAA